GAUCAAAAUGGCGGGAAUUCGCGAUCACAAUGGCGGGAUGACGAGCGGUCACACGUGGCGCGCGCAUCUCGCUGUUGCCACACUGCUCUUUGCUCUGAUGUCCGCGUCGUGCCACGUGGCAUCCUCCCAGAUCACCGACUAUGCUUUCACAUACGGCAAGAAGGGCGUUGACUGGCAAGGGGUCUGCACCGACCCGAGGUCGCGGUUUCAAUCCCCCGUUGACAUCACCAGCUGUAACGCGACACGUGUCUCCUUCCUGGGAGACCUCCAACGCAGAGCGCGGUACACAUCCUCGAGGCGCCACGUGUCUCUCGCUCACGACAACCACACUGUCGAUAUAUUUUUCUCUGAGCCAACGAACUACAUCCAGUUCCCGAUGCUCAACGUGCAGCCGUACAACAACUCGGUCACGUGGCCGCCGAACACGUACACGCUGGCCAGCUUGGGGAAGACGAAGCCACGUGUCAGGCUGGUGAGGCUGGAGCUCAGGCAGUGCCACGUGCACUGGGAGUCCGAGCACGACCUCGACGGCCGGCACAGGGACAUCGAGGUCCAUUGCGUGCAUACGGCGCAGGAUCCGGGCCAGAGACCGGCUGUCGGGGUCGUGGGGGUGUUCCUCAACAGGACAAGAAAGGGGUCCAUUUGCAAAUGUGAUCCCAUGCUCGAAACUAUCUUGUCCGCUCUGCCCAUGGUCGUCAAGCUGCCGCCGAAGGUGAAGAUGCCGGUAGCGGUGCGCGGCUUCUCGGCGGCGCGAUUCUUCCCGCGGGACAAGACCUACUUCCACUACUAUCCCGGGAGCCUCACCACUCCGCCCUGCUCAGAAGGACUGCUCUGGUACGUCUUCAGGGAAACCAAGCCUAUCUGCCAACGGCACUUCCAGCUGAUCGCCGAUGCCAUCACCGCGCUUAACGGGAGGGGAGAGCAGAACGCCAGAGAUCCUCAGUCACUGCGCGGCCGAGUCAUUUACCAAUGGAGCGGCCACUAGGCAAAAUGAUUGCCAACUUAUGCGUCACAAGCUCCUGUUC